AACACAUGUUGGUGACUUUAAUGGAGUUACUUUGACUAAGACAACAAAAUUAUUAAAAAUUACACCCCGGAAAAAAAAUAAAAAAAAAAACUAAUAUUUUCAUAGUUGAAAAAAAGAACCUCACUCACGUCCGAUUCUUCCCUUGUUUUUCUUUCUUCUUUCCCCCUUACCAAACACAAUAUCCUCUUUGUCUUUCCCCCUCUUUCUCUCCAAUUUCCUCCAAAAUUCGGAGAGAAAGAAAAGAAAAGAGAGCAUAAUUGUGUUGUGGAAGACAAAGAGAGAGAAGGAAAGAGAGUCGAGGUUUCUGGAAUCUUUAAUCAAACAUUUCCCUUUCUUUUUGCUUUUGGCUUUAGUUCAGAGAAGAGUCUAUUCGAAGUUUAUUGUUUGUUUUCCUUUUUUGCUCCUUGAUUCGGUCAACGACCAAUAUGGGGAUGGUUUUGGACGCCCGUUUUAGACCGAAUUGAUGGCUCCACGAUUCAUCAAGUGGAAUAUUGAUUACGAUUUUGGGGAUUUAGCUCUUUAAAUCAAAAGUAGCCUAAAACAAAGAAAGAAAAAAAAAAUGGUGGAGCGAUUCAUCUGCGUUUGUUUAUGGUUGAUUUUGGUGUUGGAUUUGGUUUUCAGAGUCGCGGGAAAUGCUGAAGGUGAUGCUUUGAAUGCUUUGAAGACCGGUUUGUCUGACCCUAAUAAUGUUUUGCAAAGUUGGGAUGCAACCCUUGUUAAUCCUUGUACAUGGUUUCAUGUUACAUGUAAUAGUGAAAAUAGUGUAACAAGAGUUGAUCUUGGGAAUGCAAAUCUAUCUGGUCAAUUGGUUCCACAGCUCGGGCAGCUCUCAAAUUUGCAGUAUUUGGAGCUUUAUAGUAAUAACAUAUCUGGGGCAAUCCCAGAGGAGCUAGGAAAUUUGACGAACUUGGUGAGCUUGGAUCUUUACUUGAAUGCUUUAACCGGGAACAUUCCAACUACUCUGGGCAAGCUUUCAAAACUACGUUUCCUGCGUCUCAACAAUAACACAUUAUCAGGACAAAUUCCUAUGUCCUUAACUGCUGUUAAUUCACUGCAAGUGCUGGAUCUUUCAAACAAUCAGCUAGUGGGAGAUAUUCCAGUUAACGGUUCCUUUUCACUAUUCACUCCUAUCAGUUUUAAGAAUAAUCGACUGAAUAGUAUUCCACCUGCUCCACCAGCUCCUACCUCACCUACAACUCCAACUUCAUCAGGUAAUAGUGCCACUGGUGCUAUUGCUGGAGGAGUUGCUGCUGGAGCUGCCCUGCUGUUUGCUGCUCCUGCAAUUUUACUUGCUUGGUGGCGAAAAAGGAGACCAGAGGAUCAUUUCUUUGAUGUACCUGCUGAGGAGGACCCAGAAGUUCAUUUGGGACAGCUUAAAAGGUUUUCUUUGCGUGAACUACAAGUGGCAACAGAUAACUUUAGCAACAAAAACAUUCUGGGUAGAGGUGGUUUUGGUAAAGUUUAUAAAGGUCGCCUGGCUGAUGGUUCUCUAGUGGCAGUAAAAAGACUUAAAGAGGAGCGUACUCAAGGUGGAGAGUUGCAGUUCCAAACAGAGGUAGAAAUGAUAAGUAUGGCUGUGCAUCGGAAUUUGCUACGUCUCCGUGGCUUUUGCAUGACCCCUACAGAACGGCUGCUAGUCUAUCCUUUUAUGUUUAAUGGUAGUGUUGCAUCCUGUUUAAGAGAGCGUCCGGAGUCUCAAUCACCACUUGAUUGGGCUAUAAGGAAACGGAUUGCACUGGGAGCUGCAAGGGGGCUUGCAUAUUUGCAUGAUCAUUGUGAUCCUAAGAUCAUACACCGUGAUGUGAAGGCUGCAAAUAUAUUGUUGGAUGAGGAAUUUGAAGCAGUAGUUGGAGACUUUGGGCUGGCCAAACUGAUGGACUAUAAAGAUACUCAUGUGACAACUGCUGUUCGUGGCACAAUUGGUCAUAUAGCUCCUGAAUACCUAUCAACUGGAAAGUCAUCAGAGAAAACUGAUGUUUUUGGGUAUGGUGUUAUGCUUCUUGAACUCAUUACAGGACAGAGGGCUUUCGAUCUUGCUCGGCUUGCAAAUGAUGAUGAUGUCAUGUUGCUUGAAUGGGUAAAAGGGCUUCUGAAAGAGAGGAAGUUGGAAACGCUGGUUGACUCUGAUCUUCAGGGCAAUUACAUAGAAGACGAAGUGGAACAGCUAAUCCAGGUGGCUCUUUUGUGCACUCAAGGCUCCCCAGUGGAACGACCUAAGAUGGCUGAAGUCGUGAGGAUGCUGGAGGGUGACGGCUUGGCUGAAAGAUGGGAAGAGUGGCAGAAAGAAGAAAUGUUCCGCCAAGAGUAUACGCCUACCCACCUCCCGAAUGCUAAUUGGAUUAUUGCAGACUCCACAUCUCACAUCCCUCCAGAUGAGUUAUCUGGUCCUAGAUGACCACUUCUUUAAAUAGAACGUCUUCAGGCAGAGUUGGUUUUAUAUUUUAGAGUCGCCUUUUUCACAUUUGUGCAUAUAGUUUUUCUUUUUUUUUUUUUUGGCCCCCAUUUAUCCUGUUGUUGUAACUUAUAUUACAUGUUGUGUGGAAUUGUUUGAUCUUUACUGUAAUUUUUAUAGGGCUGCCAACUGCAAUCAAGAAGACAUUAGGAGCUAUGGUAAAAACUUGGCAUGAAGGGCUAUUGAAGCACCCAUGUUAUUUUGAUGUACUGAAAUGUUAGUGAACAAUGUUACACCAAUAAUUACACGGUAAACUUUUUUCCAUCAUAUCCUGAUUACUUCUAAUUUUCAAAAAGGACAAGAUUCAAUGUUUACAACGAGGUCUAUUGCCAGACGGCUCCAGGCCAGAACCAGUUUAAUUUCUGUAUGUCAAGCGUCGAAGGUCAUAAUAAACAAAAUACAAAAAUUAAAAAAAAGAGAGAAAAUUUUGAAGAAAGAACAUUUGGAUAUUGGAGACUGAAUAAAUUCUAUCACGAAAAUGAGGGAUAUUUUCUUGACGUUUCAUAUGGAUAGUUUUUUAAUUGUUAUGGGAAAA